CGUAAUGGCAAAGGAUGGGCUUUAGUUGAAAAAGACCGGCAUGGCGCCGCCUCUUAGGUUUCUCUCUAUCGGAGGCUUCUGUCAGAGGCGGUCAGAGGGUACUGUGAUCGCUGCUGAAGUGUGUGCUGGACGAGAAAGAGUUUGCAAGAAUUUCGCUCGCACAACAUAUCUCACAGUCUUCUCAGUCUUCUAAUUCUCCUUGUGAUCGAUUUACAAGUUGCGAACAGUCGACAAAUAAUAGAACACGUAUUUUACGCGCACUUUCACGAAUUUUUUUAGGUUAGGAUAAAAUCAUUCCCAAGUAUAAUUGUACGCGCGCGGUCUAGCGUAACAUAUUGCAAUUUCUUCUUCUUUAGGAGGCCCUGGAUAUCAGACUGCAGAGGAGUCUAAGUACCAAACGCUAACAUAUUGCAAUUUGCCGAAACUGUGAAUUCAUCCCCCCCUCCCCUCCGAUCUCUGUCUUUUUUCUCUCUCUUCCAAAAAGAUCUCGACAGAUAAGAGACUCGCGUAAUCAUCAGUGAUUCUCUGUCCUUGUUCGCGUUACGUCUGGUUUCGUAUUACUGUGCAAUCGCGACGAUGGCUUCCUGGGACGGCUCGUAUCCGGAGGAUCUCAAUUAUCUGAUCUACGCCGACCGGAACGCGGCUGACGCCGCUGCCGCGGGGAAUUGGCCGUAUUACACCGAGAACACUGCGUACCUGCGCGACCUGUCCGCAAGAGGCUAUUAUCCAGGAGCCGGGAGUGGUCCAGCAGCGGCUUUUUACCAGGUCGACGCCAGUCAGCACCCGUCGAACAUGGUGCCUUUAGAGAACAAUGCCUAUCAGGAACCGGUACUGCCAGAUACCUCGCUCGCGGACGACGCGCAAUCGUCGAACAGCGUCGCUUCGACGUCACGCAACGCGCCGUCUUUCUCUCGCGGUGGCUAUAGACCGAGGCCCAGGGGCAACCGGGCCUCUGGCAAGCCUGCACCUCUAACCGACGCGGUCAUUCAAUCCACCAUAGUGGAGAAUUCCAAUCUGCAUCCCAUGGCUAACGAAUUCGUACCAAACAACCAGGUCAGGUUCAGGAGGGACUCCAGGUUCAAGAGGUAUGAUAACGAUAGCAACGCGACAGGCAGCGGUUUUAAUGCUUGCACGCAGGAAUUCAAGCCAAAUUCAGCUGCGUCAUCUUGGUCAGACAACAGAUAUAAAGGUGAAAGACGUUAUGACAACAGAAGAGACAUGAAUUACAGACAGAGCAAGCCACAGAAUGCACAGGCUCCAACAAGAUCUGGCUAUAGGGAUACUCAUAGGACAUACAAUACAAGAAACUACAAUAAAUUUUCGGACAGCAGGUCUCACAGAAAAAAGUUUCAGUCGGAGGUAUCUGUAGAACAAAAUGCCACUGGAGAACCUCAAGCAUCUGCAACUGAAGCCACUGAUUCUGCCACAUAUAGUAGUCAGGAAAAUAAUAUUGUUAAGGAGUUUCAAGAUGAUGUCUCAUCUAUGAGUACAAAAACCAACAGAAGCAGAGAAGAGACGUCGAUGUACGAGGAUAACAAUUCAGAAAAUGUGUCUUCAAAAGUUCUUGAAGCACGAAAUGGUAGAUCUAAGCGAUUUGUUAAUACGCCUGAUUAUCACAGAUACAAUUUGGACGACAUACAAUCUGCUGAACCUACUGUUAGGCGUAAAACAACAGCAACAGCAAAGUAUAUGCAAAAAAGAAAUCCUGAAGUGAUGAGUUAUAAGGAGAGGAAAGUAGAAAAUUGGAGAGAUAGAACAGAAAAUAAUGAGAUGACACACGCUCCACAGGGAAAAAAUCCAAGGAAAAAAAAUGAAGAUGAAAACAUUGAUGACGAUGCGAGUCAAAGAGAAAGAUUAACUGAGCAAUUGAACAGGGGAACAUUGGAAUGUCUGGUUUGUUAUGAACAUAUUAAACAAAAUGACUAUGUUUGGUCCUGCAGCAAUUGUUAUCACGUAUUGCAUCUGAGAUGUAUAAAAAAAUGGGCAAAGUCAUCUCAGGGUGAGAGUAACAAUUGGAAAUGUCCAGCUUGUCGGAAUAUUAGUUUUUGCGUGCCUGAAGAUUACUUCUGCUUCUGUGGAAAAAUGAGGUUGCCGGAGUGGAAUCGCAGAGACGUGGCGCACUCGUGCGGCGAAAUCUGCGGCCGGCAUCUAUCAAAGAAAAACUGCCCGCACAAAUGCACUCUGCUUUGCCAUCCCGGUUGUUGUCCACAAUGUGUGGCAAUGGUGACCAAGUAUUGCGGAUGUAGGAGAACAUCCAAGAUGCUUCUCUGUAGCACUCACGAAUUAUUAACGUGCGAUUCGAUAUGUGGGAAGGAUCUGUCGUGCGGCAAGCACACCUGCCAGAAGAAGUGCCAUCAGGGAGAGUGUGGACCUUGCGACAAAGUUGCACAACAAACAUGUUAUUGUAAUAAAAACACUCAGGAAGUACCCUGCCGAGCCAAUGUCGCAGAUACGUAUUGCUGUGAUAAUAUUUGUAGCAAACCGUUAGAUUGUGAGAAACAUUAUUGUCAGAAAGUUUGUCAUCCAAACGCCUGCGAGCCCUGUUAUUUGACCCCCGAAAGAGUUACGACGUGUUGUUGUGGUCAAACGUCGCUAACGGAGAAGAGAGAGAGCUGCAUAGAUCCUGUGCCUACCUGCGAUAAAAUCUGCUCGAAGCGCUUAAAAUGCGGCCAACCUAGUAAUCCACACACUUGCAAGGCACCAUGUCAUGUGGGAGAAUGUCCGGAAUGUGACUUGAGCACCGACGUUAUGUGUCGAUGUGGUAACAUGGAUCGUGAGAUUGCUUGCAAGGAUUUGACGACCAAGGCUGACGACGCACGCUGCGAGAAACGUUGCAAGAAAAAAAGAUCUUGCGGUAAGCAUAACUGCAAUCAGUUGUGCUGCAUCGACAUCGAGCACAUCUGUCCAUUGCCGUGUUCGAAAAAUUUGAGCUGUGGUCGGCAUAAAUGCCCAGAGAGAUGUCACAUGGGAAGAUGUUCGUCUUGCUGGGAGACCAGUUUUGAAGAAUUAUAUUGCGAAUGCGGCGCCGAAGUGAUUUAUCCGCCGAUACCAUGCGGCACGAGGAGACCGACUUGCAACCGACCAUGUUCGCGCGAACAUUCGUGUGACCACGAGGUAUUGCACAACUGUCACAGCGAGCCCACAUGUCCCCCUUGCAGCGUCCUGACUCAGAGAUGGUGCCACGGCAAACAUGAACUCAGGAAAGCGGUACCGUGUCACGUGAAAGAAAUUUCGUGUGGUCUGUCGUGUAACAAGCCAUUGGCGUGUGGACGGCAUAAAUGCAUCACGAUGUGCCAUGCCGGACUUUGCGAGAGACCUGGACAACAGUGCACUCAACCUUGCACUACGGCGAGGGAAUUGUGUGGACAUAUCUGCGCCGCUCCAUGCCAUGAAGGCAAGUGUCCAGAUACGCCUUGUAAAGAAAUGGUUAAGGUUACGUGUCAGUGUGGACAUAGGACCAUGAGUCGUGUCUGUGAAGAUAAUGCGAAGGAAUAUCAGAGAAUAGCGAGCAACAUAUUGGCUAGUAAGAUGGCUGAUAUGCAACUUGGUCAUUCCGUUGAUUUGGAAGAAGUAUUUGGACAAGGUGCAAAAAAGCAGAAUCAAUUGAAGACUUUGGAAUGCAAUGAUGAGUGCAAGAUAAUAGAAAGAAACAGGAGGCUCGCAUUGGGAUUGCAGAUUGUUAAUCCAGACUUAAGUGGUAAAUUGAUGCCCAGAUAUAGCGAUUACAUGAAACAGUGGGCCAAGAAAGACCCACACUUCUGUCAAAUGGUUCACGACAAGUUGACGGAAUUAGUACAACUAGCGAAAACAUCCAAGCAGAAGUCUCGGAGUUAUUCGUUUGAUGUAAUGAACAGGGAAAAACGUCAUUUCGUGCACGAAUCCUGUCAGCAUUUCGGUUGCGAGAGUCAAGCGUACGAUGAGGAGCCUAAAAGAAAUGUCGUUGCCACAGCCGUAAAAGAUAAGUGUUGGCUACCAAGCUACAGUUUAUUAGAAAUGAUACAAAGAGAAAAAGGGCAAAGAAAGGUUCCAGGUCCGGUACUCAACACUUCGAAGGGAAAUAAUUCUACAAAGACUGUUCUUUCAUUACCUGUAAAACAGAAUCAGCAAUCGCUGCCAUCAUCAUCAACUGCUAAAACUGCUGAGAAAGAAAUAGAUUAUUUUGAUUAUCGAGGAUAAAUCAGCAGAUUGGUAGUAAAAAACAACUACACAAUAAGAAUUAUACAAUGUAUAUAAUAUAAACGGGCUUAAAAAAUAGGUACAACUGUAAUUAUACAAUUCAUACUGAUGAGUAAAAUUUUCAUGUGCUCAAUCAAUUCGAAUUUGAAUUUCAAGAUCAAACUUUAAAUUGUUCGGAUCGUUCGAGCUUGAAAAUAUUAGAGUGAUCAAAAUUGUUUGAUUUGUUAGACCGCAACAGGGAAAAAUUGUUUAUUUUCUAUUUGUGAUAAAUAACACUAGUUUACAAAACAA